AUGCAAAAGCAAGGCUAUAAAAUCUAUCUCGAUUUCCAUUUCUCGGAUUCAUGGGCCGACCCAAAUAAACAACCACCUCCGGCCGCCUGGUCCACUAAACUAAAGCCUCUUGCUAGAACUUUGAGAGAGUGUGUUAAGGAUACAUUGGUAUCUUUCAACCAAGCUGGAAUUACGCUCGAUAUCGUGGGCUCUGGUUCCCUGCACCACAAUUUCUCCUCAUUCGCCACUCUUUGGAAAUCCGCUCGCGCCGGUGUUGACGAUGCACUCACUCUUGGAGUCCACAAGCCUCAAAUUAUGAUCCAUAUCGAUGAUGGCUGGAACGUCACACUUCAACAACGAUGGUUCGAUGUCUUAACCGCCAACGGCGUCCAUGUGAGGGAGAAGGAUUAUCCGGCGAUUUGUGAUGGGGAAUAUAAUCCUAUUCCUACAAGUAGUGAACCGGAGAUUCCAUAUACGGUUGAUGGACAGUUGGAGUGGACGGAUGAUGUUAUUAGUAUUGUGAGAAAUGUUCUGUACGGAUUAGAGAGGGGAGUUCAUUAUUGA